UCAUCAGACCUCUGAAAAGGUGAAGCCUGUUCAGCAGCAAAAUGGCCACUUUUUCUGGAUCACCGAGACCGCUGAUGGGAAGAUAUACCUUGCUUCCCUCUGCGUCGUCUUGGGAAACUGUUUCAGAAGAGGCUGAGGGCAGUUUAGGAAUGACAGAAGGUUACUCUCUGAUGCUAUCCAAUCCAUUGAGAAAUAUUGGUGAAGAACAAAGUUCACAGAAGUAUAUGUCUGUGACAGCAGAAGAGCCAGAGCACAGAAAAAAAUUGUCAACUUUUUUUGGUGUUGUGGUACCAGUCACCCUAUCCAUGUUUUCAGUAAUUUUAUUUUUGCGUCUUGGCUUUGUUGUUGGUCAGGCUGGCUUAGUAUUGUCCAUUGGCAUGUUCGUAAUUGCUUACUUUGUAGUAGGCUUAACAAUACUGUCCAUCUCAGCUAUUGCCACAAAUGGUGCAGUCAAGGAGGGUGGAGCCUACUACAUGAUUAGUCGUACAUUAGGUCCAGAAUUUGGGGGAUCAAUAGGAGUUAUUUUUUACUUCGCUAAUAUCUUUGCCUCGGCACUCUAUCUCCUGGGUUUUGUAGAAGCCUUGCUGAACAAUUUUCAGGAAUCAUCUCCAAACAUUUUCCGUUCAGGGACAUGGUAUUCAUUUUUGUAUGCAUCAAUAGUCCUGUUCUUUUGCCUAAUAGUUUGCCUGAUUGGUUCAGGAAUGUUUGCAAAGACAUCAUUUAUCAUCUUCCUAGCUGUUAUGGUUGCCGUUUCAUCUUCAAUUGUUAGUUUUCUCAUUGUCAAGCACAAAGGUGGCAUAUUACCAGGAGUACAUUCAGGGCAUAGCCCUCCCAAGAAUGUUACAUACAGAUACUCAGGUUGGAAUUCUACAACUUUACACAAAAAUCUUUGGCCUAACUUCACUAAAGACUAUACAACUGAGGAACAUCAGACUUCUCUGACGGUGUUUGGAGUUCUCUUCAAUGGGGUUACUGGAGUCAUGGCUGGUGCUAACAUAUCAGGAGAUUUGAAAAAACCUGGAUAUGCCAUACCCUUUGGUACCCUUGGUGCAAGUGUUUUUACAUUUAUUGUAUAUUUGCUCCUAGUGGUUUUUACGAGUGCUACGUGUCCCAGAUCUUUACUACGAAACAAUUACAACUAUCUUAAGGAAAUAAACAAAGUGGAAUGGUUGAUCACUAUGGGAACAUUUGCUGCUACUCUUUCAGCUGCUCUCAGCUGCCUUAUAGGUGCCUCAAGAAUUCUACAAGCUAUUGCUAAAGAUGAUUUACUAGGUGUCAUACUACGUCCAUUUAGCAAAGUCACCCGCAGAAAUGGAGAACCUCUAAGAGCUGUUCUAAUGUCAUGGUUCUUUGUUCAGGUUGUUCUUUUUAUUGGAAACGUCAACAAAGUAGCUUCGCUCGUCAGUAUGUUCUUCCUCCUGUCAUAUGGCAUCACCAACGUGGCCUGCUUUGUACUCAAAGUUGCUUCUGCACCGAACUUUAGACCAACAUUUCAGUAUUUUUCAUGGCAAUCAGCUCUCCUUGGUGCUGUGUUUUGCUUCGUGAUCAUGUUCCUGGUCGAUUACAAAUUGGCUGCUCUUGCAUUUGCGCUUAUGGUGAUUUUGUUUGUGGUGAUUUCUCUUCGUACACCUCCCACCCCCUGGGGAGAUGUGUCACAAGCUUUGAUCUACCAUCAGGUCAGAAAGUACCUCCUUCGAUUAGACCUAAGAAAAGACCACGUGAAAUUCUGGAGACCUCAGGUGCUGUUAUUGGUGUCCAAUCCACGCUCUGGUUACCCCUUGAUAGACUUUGUUAAUGACAUAAAGAAGGGCGGUCUUUAUAUCCUUGGCCAUGUCCAAGAGGGUGAAUUUGAUGCUCAGUUAUUGAGAGGACAAAAGCGCGAACUUACAACCUGGCUAAAUUUCGUUGAUUGUACGGAAAUAAAGGCUUUUGUGGAGCUGACUAUUGCACGAACGAUACGUGCUGGUGCGCGAAACUUGCUUAUGGCGUCUGGAUUGGGUGGAAUGAAACCAAACACUCUAAUCUUAGGGUUUUACGAUCAUGAGCUCCCUGUGGAGAGUUUUUCUCGUGGAAUCUUCAGGAAACCAAGACUUCCGUUCAUGAGGGUGCAAAAGAAAGAUGAAAUUUACCGCAGUGUACAGUUACAACUCCCACCACUUCGAACGCACCCUGGACAUCAAAAAAUGACAUUAAAGGACUAUGUAGGAAUUAUAAAGGAUGCGGUUUUAAUGGACAAAAAUGUCUGCAUAGCCAGAAACUUUGCUCAACUGGACAAGAACGCUCUCGGCAGGGAAGGAUACAUUGAUGUGUGGCCAAUGAAUACGACAGUGGUGGGAGAAGCAGGGUUGGUUCUAGGUCCAUAUGAUUUCACGUUCCUCCUAACGCUCCAGUUGAGUUGUGUUCUUCAUAUGGUACCAUUCUGGGAAAAUCGGUCCAAACUUAGAGUCAUGCAGAUCGUGGAGACUGAAGAUGAUGAAGGAAACCACCAAACACAGCACAGAACUCUAACAAAUCUUCUCAAAGAACUUAGAAUUCCUGCAGAAGUUCGGAUGAUUCACGUUACACAAGAAUCUCUUUCUCUUACAAGAAAUGCUGAUGGACUAGCGCCCUCUACCAACUGGUAUCGAACAGUGAAUCAGCUCAUUAGAAUUCACUCAACAGACGCAUUCGUUGUAUUUACUGGUCUUCCCCAUCCUCCUAACGAGGAAAACAUGGCUCAGCAAUUUAUUCAAGACAUAACUGUGCUGUCAGAUAACCUUCCUCCGGUUAUGAUGGUGUAUGGAAAAUCAAAAGUAGUGUCAACAUCAUUAUAAACCGCAUCUUGCGUCUUACUCAGUACCUCCUGAGAGUGAAAAUAACAACAUCCUAGGUUAUGAUCAAGACUGGGCACUUUACAAAUACUAGGGGAGAUGGGAGGCGCUUUUCUAGCACAGAACACCGGAAAAAUUAUUUUCUUGUUGUCUCUGUUUACAACACUCAUGUGGAUUGGUACUGCAAUAUUUGACAAACACUGAUUUGAGAAGGAAUAACAGGAUUAGGAAGUAAUUAGCACUGUUCCCUGCUGGGAAAAUACUGGCUUUAAAGGCACUCAAUGACUGUAGAGAAAUUUUGUAGAACAUUUGCAUUUUCUUUCUUUCUGCAGGGUUUUUUAGUUUAUUUGUUCUGUUUUCAAUAAACCUACCUGUAAACAAAGCCAGAUCUUGCAAACAUUUUUAACUUGCUUCUAUAUGCUUAAGUUUGAAUUAUGUAUUGAAUCAACAUUACUGUAUAGCCUAAAAAGGAAAUAUUCUAUGAUUUAUUUAUACACUGAUUUUGUAGAUGACAGUGGACAAUAUAUAUAUUUGUACGUAUUAAGUUUAGUAGAUAAGUUAUCUGAAAUUGUUGUAAGUGCAUUGCAGUUAUGUUUUUGUUGCAAUGUUCUGUUACCUUUAGAAGAGUAAACUAGUCCACAGAUCUUUAAAUUCUAAUUAAAGCCA